AAAGCAAAUCGAUGCAAUAAAUACAGACACAGAGAGAGUCCACUGCAAAGUCUCAGCCCUCACGGCGCAGCUUCGGCAUUUGCAGUUUGGAUCUGCCGCCGUUUCCACACAAUUCACGCAAUACAGAGACCAGGGAGGCCUUUGUAUUGGUUGAUCGGACGGAGGAAGCCCAAAACCUAUUUAUUACUCCGGCACCAGCGAUGCAUUCCUUCGGCUACAGGGCCAACGCCCUGCUCACAUUUUCCAUCACCAUUCUCGCCCUCAUGUGCGCCAUGGCCUCUUUCUCUGACAACUUCAAUUCGCCCUCUCCCACCUCCAAAGUUGAAGUGUUGAACAUUAAUUGGUUCCAGAAGAAACCGGAUGGCGAUGAUGAGGUGAGCCUCACAUUGAACAUAUCAGCUAACUUACAGUCAUUGUUUACAUGGAAUACAAAGCAGGUCUUCGUAUUUUUAGCUGCCGAGUAUGAAACCCCCAAAAAUUCACUGAAUCAGAUUUCUCUGUGGGAUGGCAUCAUACCGACCAAAGAACGAGCAGAAUUUUGGAUCCACACCACUAACAAGUAUCGUUUCAUCGACCAGGGAAGCAAUCUGCGCAGCAAACCAUUUAACUUAACAUUGCACUGGCAUGUGAUGCCAAAGACGGGGAAGAUGUUCGCUGACAAAAUAGUGAUGAGUGGGUUCCGCUUGCCGGAUACCUAUAGGUAAAAAUGCUAUCUUGAUCACAUUAGCAUUCCCUUGAGAAGAGAAGAAUCGUUUAAAAUUAGAACACAGAAGGUGCAAUGGAGUUUGUUGUUUAACUGUACCAUUUAAAGAUGAGCUGUUUUAUGGACUCUGAGAAGUGAUUUUGGACUAUUAUUUAUCCCUCCCAACUUUUGACUAUAGCUAUUGCACAACUGCCUAAAUUACAGUCUCUGGAAA